AUUUUCAUGAUUUGUAGUCGAGAAACUACUGUAUGUCUCUUUGCAGUAAACGUAAGCCAGUCUAAUUCAUUCUUGUAAUAACAUAAAUUAAUAAAAAUGUCGGUGUGGAGACAAGCAGGAUUAAACUAUAUAAAUUAUUCUCAAAUUGCUGCCAGGCUUGUUAGACAAGCUUUAAAAAGUGAUAUAAGAGUAGAAGCUCAAAAGCGUGACGAGAGUAACGUUAAAUUUACUCAAUGGAAAGAUGGAAAACCAGUCAAAAAACAGUAAAUAUCUGUAUCACAGCUGGGUAGGAAAAUUCAUCCGAUAUAUUUACAUUUAUAGAAAUAACUUAUGUAUGAUGAUCCUAAUUCACAUAUGAAAUAAAAUCAUCUUCCACUUUGUCAUGGCUAUUUUUUAGCUUAA